AUGGCCGAGCCCAUCAAGAACAAUCGCGCCGCCGCGCCUGCUCCGUCCGUAAACCCUCUGCUCUAUUGCUUCUCACACACCUGAAACACCUGGCACCCUCUUCAUCCCCGCAUAGUGGAGACCGCGUCAGAUCAAGACUGACAAUAUGGAUCCCAGAACGCCGCAGAACACGCCUGCCAACAACGCUCCAAUCUCGUCACACCAACAAGCCCCAAACUUGGCCAGUCUGAAGGAGGGUGAGUGGCAACCACACGCCGCUUGAGGAAAGUUAUCAGCUGACUGAGAGGGGUCAUACAGAGGACCUUGAGCGAGCUGCCGCAGCCAGCAUCUUCGCGCAGAACCCACGCCUGGUCUCCAUGAUGCAGAACAAGCUCUCCUCCCUCGUGGGCAAGUCGUCUGGAUACGUCGAGUCUCUGCCAGCGCCAGUACGGAAACGUGUCGCAGGCCUGAAGGGCGUGCAGAAGGAGCACUCCAAGCUCGAGGCGGAGUUCCAAGAGGAGGUUCUGGAGCUGGAGAAGAAGUUCUUUGCCAAGUUCACCCCACUCUACGAGAAGCGCGCCAAGAUCAUCAAUGGUGCCGCUGAGCCUACCGAGGACGAGGUCAAGGCUGGCGAGGAAGAUGAGGAAGAGGACGAGGAGGCCGAGGCUGAGAAGGCGGAAGCUGACAAGAACGCAUCCGACGCUGAUACGAAGGGCAUUCCGGAGUUCUGGUUGAGCGCAAUGAAGAACUCUUCGCUUCAAGAGACCAUCACCCCUCGGGAUGAGGAGGCACUCAAGUUCUUGACCGACAUCCGCAUGGAGUACCUCGACCGCCCUGGCUUCCGCCUGAUCUUCGAAUUUGCCGAGAAUCCCUUCUUCACCAACAAGACCAUCACCAAGACAUACUUCUACCAGGAGGAGAAUGGCUACGGCGGCGAUUUCAUCUACGACCACGCUGAGGGCGACAAGAUCGACUGGAAGACUGGCCAGGACCUGACAGUCAAGGUGGAGAGCAAGAAGCAGAGAAAUAAGAGUACGUGCGGACAGAAAAGAAAAAACUCGAAACUGGUCAAGUUUCACGACGACUUUCAGUUAAGCUAACUUAUGCUACAGACACCAAGCAGACCCGUAUCGUCAAGAAGACGAUCCCAACGCCUUCAUUCUUCGACUUCUUCAACCCUGCCAAGCCACCAGAGGAGGACGAUGAUGAGAUUGACGAGGAUAUCGAGGCCAAGCUCGAGCUCGACUACCAGCUCGGUGAGGAUAUCAAGGAGAAGCUCAUCCCACGUGCCAUCGACUGGUUCACUGGUGAGGCACUGCAAUUCGAGCAAGGUCUCGAUGACUUCGACGAGGACGACUUCGAGGACGAGGAUGACGAAGAUGAGGAUGAGGACGAGCGCGACGACGACGACGAAGAUGAAGAUGAGGAUGAGGUGAGUCGAAUUACAAGCGUUUCUUGCAAGAGCUAGAAUUUACUAAUGCCCCAGUAGGAGGAUGGCUCAAAACCCAAGCAAGAGGCCGCCGAGUGCAAGCAGAGCUAAGCUGA